AUGUCCGGCUCUCUUUCGUCAGUCGCACCCUGGUCACUGUCUGGUAAGACAGCUAUCGUAACAGGGGGAUCACGCGGAAUUGGCCAAGCCAUCGCUAUUCACCUGGCACGGAAAGGCCUUACAAAGUUGGCUAUUACCUAUGCCACCAACUCCCAAGCGGCACAGGCAACUCUAGAUCAGUGUCAGGAGCUAGGAGUGAAAGAGACUGUUGCCAUUCAAGCAGACGCUCUUGAUCCCCUUUUCGGCACAAAGGUCUUGUCAUCCGCGCUCGAAGGCCUAUCCACAACCACCAUCGACAUACUUGUCAACAACGCUAUCUUGAGCGACCCCUCUAAAGUCGAGCCAAUCAGAGAAACAACACUGCCUGUUUUUCUUGAGCUUAUGCAGGCAAACGUUUACGCGCCGAUUUCCCUUACAGCCGCUGUCAUCCCACACUUGCCAUCAUAUGGAGGUCGCGUAGUCAACAUCUCGAGCGUUUUGGCAUAUCAAUCGAACCCGGACCCGACCAUGACGUACGGAGCUACCAAAGCUACCUUGCAGAGUUAUACGCGAUCGCUUGCUGACAGCUUCGGCAAAUCGACCAAGGCUACCUUCAACAGUGUUAUUGUAGGUUUGACAGCCACCGACACGAUUAAGGCUAGUAAACACCUCAUGCCACCGGGUUAUCUGGACCAACAGAUUCGAGACACAACUGCGGCGGACAGGAUCGGCGUUCCCGAAGACAUCGCAUACAUCGUCGGCUUCCUGUCUAGUGAAGAGGCCCGCUGGGUCAACGGCGCUGCAAUUAGCGCAAAUGGAGGACACAAGCUUGUUAUGCCUGCGCUGGGUUAG